GUGUGUGAUAUAGAGAGAGAGAGAGAGAGAGAGAGAGAGAGAGAGACAUUAACUGUGAGUGGAUCAGAAUCUCUCGGACUCUCCACAGCCUCAGCCUGGUUUUCUUUCCUCCUCGCCGGCCACACUCGCCUGGGUGAUGUGGGGGAGAGAGGCGGGACCUCGAAGCCGGGAAGGGCGUUCUCUUUGCGGUCAGACCGGGCAGAGUCAUCCCGAGGGGUGGGUCCUCCGGCAGCCGAGAAGGAAAACCCACCUUUUUUCAUUGUUACGGACGCGGUGGUGGAAUGUGAUGGUUUGAUCUCCAGCAGCGGGCAAACGACCGAGGAAAUAUCCGCGGGGGAAAAGCACCGACGAAAGCCGCACUCGGGAGCCGGCGUUACCGCGAAGGCAGAGCCCGCCUCUGUCGCCUCCAAGUGUCCGGGGCGAGUCUGAGAAUGUGCGGAUGAACUUGUCCGCGCCGAGUCGGCAGCAGCGAGUCCGACCGUCCGCAUGAGCUCGCACCGUGGGAAGUUGUGUGGAUUUUACCGUAGCGGGUGUUUGUGUGUGACCCGGCGCCGGAGCCGCUAAGGAUGGAGACUUCCCAGAGUGGAGCUUAAUGUACCGCAGACUUACGGCUACAUCUGAAAUAUGACAGAUUCCUCUUCUGAACACAGACCCAAGGGAUCUUCAGAGUUUUAAAGCGACAGGCACUAAAAGAAAACAAGGCAGAACAUCAAGAGAAAAGGACUUGCUGUCACUACCACACAAAUGUGGACCACCCAAAACGGUGUCAUCAAAUAGUCUGAGUAACAAAAUAUAUAUAACUGAUUAAACAUAUCUGUGUCGCCAUGUCUGAUUGUAAAGACAUGACACAUCGCCACUUGCGGCACAAGCUUCAGAGUCUUGGCCGCAGACUGGAUGAACUUGAAGAAGCCACCAACAAGCUGCAGAAGUCCGAAGAUGAGCUUCUUGACCUCCAGGACAAGAUCAUCCAGGCAGAGGGCAGCAACUCCUCCCUGCUUGGCGAUGUGGAGGCCCUGAGGAAACGUCUCUUGAAGAUCCAGGGUAAAGAUGAGGAGGUGCGCAAAGCUGAGGACCUCUGUCGCACUGUCAGGGAGAAACUGGAAGAGGAGGAAAGUCUUACCAAGGAGCUAAAGGCCGAUAUCGAACGUCUACAACGGCGAAUGGCCGAACUGGAGAAACUGGAAGAAGCCUUUGGGAAAAGCAAGUCUGACUGCAGCCAGCUCUGCCUCAGCCUAAACGAGGAGAAGAACUUGACCAAGAAGCUCUCGUCUGAGUUGGAGACUCUCAAAGCCCGUUUAAAGGAGAUGGAGGGUUCUGAGACAAAGCUUGAUAGAGCAGAGAAGGCUUUGUCUUCAGAGCUUGAGAAGCUCAAGGGAUUCAGCCAGACCUUUGUGAGUGAGCGUAAGAGGCUACUAGAGAAACAGAGAGAGGAUGAGAAGAUCAUUCUAAAGCUGACAGAAAAACUGGAGCACCAGAAAAAUCGCCUUGGCAUGUCUACAAAUCCUGGCCGGACGGAUUUAAUGCGGUCACGAAUUGAGGAUGAGCUGUCAUCCACAGGGCUGCUCUCAAGUAAACUGGGCAGUCACAAGAAGAGCCUUGACUACUUCAAGUUGCCAGAUGACAAUAUCAGUCUUGUGAACAAAUCCGAAAAUGAGAAGAACAGUGGUAUUGAAGGUUCACAGGAAGAGGACAACAAAGUGAAAGAGUUGACGCAGGAAGUUGGGAGACUGAAGAAUCGCCUUAAACAGCUGGAGAUAGUGGAGGAGGAUUUGAAAAACUCAGAGUCCAAAAAUAGAGAACUUCAUGAGAAGUUCCAGAUGGAACGAAACCGGGCUCGCCAAUUGAAUGAGCAGGUGGAACAGCUCAGGACACAGCUGUGUGGAAAAGGUGGGAUUGGAGGAAAUGGAACCAGCAAUAUAGAUAAGCAUGGAAAUGGAAGCAGUAACAUUUGCCCCCCUAAUGUCCUGGAGAAUGGCAAAGCUGAGACUGAAGAGAUUAUUGUCAAGGGUGGUUUCAGACAAGAGAAGCCUAAAAAUAGGAGUGCUGCAGCUGUCUCAGAACCAAGCUCCCCUAAACACAGGAACAGGGAGCUCUCUCCUCAGCAUAAAAGAGAGACUAAGCUGAGGAGCAAAGAGCUGAGCCACUCUGAGGAAAGCUCUCCUAAGUCUGCGAGGAGAGCCCUUAGUCCUGCUUCCAAGAGCAGGAGGACACCCAAAACCUUAACUACUGCAAUGUCAUCCGAUAACGGAAUACGGGACACAGGACGAGGAACCGAGGAUAAGUCAAGAGGAGCCACAUUUAGCUCUGUAAAUACACCUUCUAGUGAUAUUAAAAAGGUGUCUGUUCUUAGUCGUUACCCUCCAGCUGCUAAUGCCCAGAAGCCACUGAGGACAACUAACAAACAGACUGAUGGGGAGACAAAAAAGAGCAGAGUAGAAAAAUCUUCGAAGUUGUACGUUGGUAGUGAUAGUGAAUCAAAUAACUCGGAUGUAGUGCCUGAAAGCUCAAGUAACAUCAACAGUCUCUCUGCACAAGAGAAGGACACAGCGUCUGCCUCAGAUCAGGAAUCAAUAGACCAAGUUCAGGAAUCGGUCUCUGGAGCUUCCACGCUGUCCAAAGCCAAUGGAUCGUACACAGCCUACAGAUCUCAAGUCACUCCUCUGCUGACCAGUGACCAUGGGUCGGAGGGUCAUUCUUCUGCCUCGGAAACAGAAUCCACCGGUUCAAGACCCUCUGAACCGGAGCCUGUGACUGAGACAGCUGCUACAACCAUAAGCAGCAGGACCACAACCUCCAGAUAUCCUAGAUAUUCCCAUGUCCAUGACUCAUAUUCAGAGGGCUCUUCCUCCAGGAGUUCAUUUGAUGAGGAGCUCCACAGCAGGACACAGUUUGCAGAGGGGGGCCACCAGGGGCCAACGCAUACUCCGUCAGGGAUUGAGAUCCAGCGAGUGUGCAGCCCACGUGAGGCACUGAGGUCAAGAGCUGUCAUCAAGCCUGCUAUUGUUGAGAUUGAUAGGAAAGAAAUGAUGAUUUCGGAACCUUUGUCUACCAACGGCAAACCCAAAAUCUCUACCAAACCAGUUGUGACCACGACUAGUAAAAUGACCAGUAGUAUAACCAUCUACCCCAAUGACCCGAGCUCUUCCAGAACCAGCAGCCGCAGCAGCAGCGUGUGCAGUGAACCCAUGCCUGUGAAAGAGCGACACACCUCCACCAGUAACAUCCUCAUAGGUCCCAGCAAUGAGCACCUUGGCAGUAUUUCCGUCCCAUAUGAAUUCUCCAUCCCCAAGAGUGAGAUCGCUUUGCGGCCGUGCCAGGACCCGGACUACGGAUCAGACGACCACAGUGAUUCCUCAUCAAAGUCCAAACUCCACAACACCUCCAGAGUGGAGACCAGUCACCUGUGCUGCCAACGCAGCAACUUCAGCCUCCAGUCACCGGAUGCCACAUCCGCAGACUUCAAUGACACAGAGUCGGGCUUCGAGAGCAACAGCAGUACCACCACGGUCACCAGCUGGAGAAGCCAAAGACAAAGCCAGCACUCCCAAGAAGAAAGCACACCAGAUAUGAAGAAUGUGACUGUGAGAAGCACCUGGAGGAACAAAAGCCCUGCCUCAGUGGAUGAGAUGGGACGAGGGGCGACUAGGGUGAUGGCAGACGCUGGAUCUGAAGACGAGGCUGAAGGUGCAACAACAUGGAGGGCUUAUCGGGCAACUACCACUUUUGAUAUGGAAGAAGCGUGUGCUGUUGGGAAUGCUGCAGCACAGAAGGGAGGCAAGCCAUCUCCUGCAGAGGUCUACAUGCAGAGGAUCAACAGUGGGGUUCCAAACACUAAAGAAUCAGAGGAACCACUGAUGCGCAGAGGGAAGCACUCCCAGUCUCCUGCUUUGGAAACAGGAGGCAUGGGAAGGACUAUACCCCAUGCUCCUGUCACCUCUCAGUCCUGGGGACGAUCGUACACCCAACAACCACCGGCUGCUGAUAGCAUAGAUCCCACUCCGAACUCCAUCCACAGCCCGGCCUCCUGGAGACGACAACUACCCAGCAGCGACCCGCACCACCUGGGGAGUUCUUACGACCGGGCGUCCAAGACAGCAGGAGCCUCCUCCAGAGGAGGGGAGCUGUGGUCCAGUCGAGGUCAAGGGACAGGGGCCAGAGCAGAGGGGAGGAGUGUAGCAGGGAGCCGACCAUGGAGCCAUCGUCAGCCUGAGUAUCAUUAGACCGCCUGGGUCUGAACAGGACUGCAGCAGGAAGGACAGCACUCCAUUAAGCUCCCACUGGCAAAAGCAGAGCCAAACACCAGUCUCCCAUCAACUAAUGGCUACACCUAUUACCACCAUCUCCCACAGACGACAUCUGCAGCUUUUAUAAAAAGCAAAGACAUAAAAAAAGUUGCAGCCGUAUAAAGCAACAAACCACGGAUUUGACCCUGAGCACAUACAGAGAUGUGACUGGCUCUUCCUAUCCGGAACUUUCUCCGUCCCCAAAGAGGCAUAAAUGGAAAGACCUGUGCCUGUACAGCGUUUCGGAGGUCGCCUCACCAGCCCACGUAUCCUCUUCUGCUCCUUGCCUUGGAUGUAUUAUAGUGUAAUCCCCGAAUUUGACAAGGGAGAGGCUGGCAUGCUGGGGGACGGCUGGAGAUUCUUUUUUUGGUUUUGCGUUCCAGAGAGAGUUUAAAGAGCGUCAGAGGAAGAAGGACUCACAGCAUUGAGAAAACCUUUCUCAGAGGACCAUCACAACUGGAUGUGUCACUUUGAAAUCACAACUUCAACCUUUUUGAACAGCAACCCCCAAACUGCAGUUGUCAGCAGUAACAUGUUAAAGACGCAUCUUCAUCUCAAAGAGGCUGGGAUCUUCAUGCUGAACACUUCACAAACUAAAGGAUCUGUACUUUAACUGUGACCAAAAACAGAAAGCGAAUUACCCUCUUUGCAGACCCAUAUCGCAAGAUUCACAUUUUCUCUCUGGGCUCAGUUUUUUUGCUUCGAUAGUUCAGUCAGACCAUCUACUUUCUUUUUAUGAUUUUAUUUUACAUUCAAACCAUACAAACACAUGCUCAUUUCUAACAUUAGGGUUAUUUUAAUCAUUUUUCUGGCAUGCAGUGACCUCAAACUGGAUUCAAUCUGGUUUCUUAGAUGUUGAGUGAACACUUGCAUAUUUCUAAAGUAAAAAAAUGAAGAGCACUUGAGAGAUUGUGACUUGGCAUACAUUACACUCUGCUUCUCUGCCACACACACAAUUUCUGACAGGCCGGGACCUUACUUAUGCUUUUAUCCAUUUUCACCAGUUGUUUUUAUUCUUUGUAAUUCGCUUCCUGUUGUGCAUCGUCCUUUUCCUCAUUGUCUGCUUAAUCAUAUCAAGAUAAGUAGUUUGCACGUAAUAAAAUGCAACGCACAUGUAGAAAAAAAGGAAUGAUUGCGGGUGGGAAAUGAGAAACAGGGGGAGGGGCAUUGUUUAUAACCUUGAAUCAUGCUACAGUUUCCAUGGUGCUUUGAUUCACAACUUGUCCUGCUCCGUGUGUUUGGAGAGGGCCGCAGUAAAGCGGCUGUUUAAAAGUGAACAUUGGACUGUGGAUUACCAGCAAACCUGGCCUGGCAGGUCGGACCUUUUUAUUCAGUGCUGCUGUAAAUACUGUGUGAACACGCCUGCCAGUCAAAGGAGAAACACAAGAGGGUCAGACUGAACAUCAAGGAACUGGUGGUCUGGCUCGCGUGUGUGUGACUGGGUUCGCCGUGCGAAUCGUCCCAGCUUUCUUACAUCUAAAUAAACGAGAGGUUUAUUAUUUUGCUAUGUCAUGAUAAUGUCAGCCAUGGUUUGUAUUUUGGAGCAGUCGCUCAUUGGUGGGGAGGGGGGGGCGGGCCAAAGCAGCAAUGGGUGGCCACAGAAACAGAUUUCAUAGUGGCCAGUAAUUAAAUAAGUUGUGUUCUUCAAGGAAACCUCACUGACAUUUUAGAGUUUGAGUCUUUCAUCGCGCUCCUGCUGGAUUUUAGAUCGAGAGAUGAUGUAAACUUUGAUCCUAGAACAAAAUGUAUGAACAAUGCAAAGGAACGCAGCUGAAUGCACCGACCCAUCAUGGCAGCGUCGUCUUUCUCCUGAGUGUCCUGAACGGCAGACGCAGUAACUGUAACUGUGACAGCUCUGAACACGUGGAACCUGCUGAAGAACGUUCCCUCUCUCCAUCUGCUUGUGCUGCUCUGCUGUUCUGUGUCGAAGUGCUGUUGAAUGGAGAUGUUCCGAUACCAUUUUCCCUUCAUGAGACCGAUACCUGGUGUAUCGGCCGAUACCGAGUAGCGAUCAGAUACCAGUGAAUUUGAUAUAAACAUCUCAUAUAAUGUAUUUUAGCAGCUCUUAUCUAAUAACCCAAAACAAAUACACUGAAAAUGAAAACCAUAGAACUUCUAUUAUCUAGUACGACAGUCGCAAGUGAAAACAAACACAGAUAAAUAAAUCUAGAAAAACAAGAGUGCAGCCCCCGUUAAUAAAAAUAAAAGGUCUUUAUUAGAUUGUGUUUCAUGAGAUAGUGUUGUAACUUGCAAAACUUGUGCCAACCCCUCGAAUCUGAGGUCCCGCUGACGUUGCAGAUGUCGUUUCACUUGUGGGACUGAAAUAUUUCCAAAUUGCUGACAUUUUAGCUACACGAUCAGAAAUCACUUCUUCCUCACUGCUCUAAAAACAAGACUUGCCAGUGGCAGUGCAGCGCAACGGAUCUAAUUUACUUUGCAGGUAUCAGAUUGUACUUGUGAUGCUGGUUUCGGAACAUCUCCACUGUUGAGUCAGACCCUGCUGGGGAUGAUCCGUCUGACUUCUCCUCUGGUUGUUUACCAUUUUUCACAACUGUUAAAGUUCCAUUGCCAUCAGCUAUAAAUAUCAACAGUAUGUUCAUCUGUGCCUUGAGAUAUAAUAAGAAAGGUUGAUUCUUCUAACCAGUAUAGACUCACACCACGUUUCUCCACUCGCUGAGCAGUUAAAUGACCUGUAGAACUGAUCGUAUAUAUUUUUAUACAUUCUGAGUGAUUGUAACACGGAACAUUGUAAACAACGUUCUCGGAGGGAAGAUUGAGGUCAACGCAACGUUCCCCUGGAAGCUAUUUUUUUCUAACUCGACUUUUAAAGUCCAAUUUUAAAGAACGUAGACCCACAACGGCCCCAAAAGCUACGUCCUGUGGAUCUGUCUGUCGGCUGCCAUGUGGCCGCUUCUCUUGGCUCUAUGAUGGAGCAGAAACAGACCAGACGCGCUGUUCGGAGCUCUCGGUGCUCAUGCCAAGACGUGAUGAUCAUAUAGUCCUGUGCUCUCUCUGUUAUUGUUUCUACUUCCACUCUUCUCAUUUACCGAGAGGAAUUGCCAGCUCUUCCCCCGAUCUCUCGUCUUUGUAAACAGUUCCAAUUUUCCUUUUACUAUUUCCAGAGACUCCAAAUCUCCCCUUCCUCUCUUCCUUCUCUGUUUCUCUGCAUCUUGCUUGGAUUCUCAUUUUCCCUAAACAGCCGUGUUAUGUGCCAUUUUGUUCUGGGGGUGGGGGGUAGGGCUGUUUUAUUGAAGGCCAGCAACCUGUCACCAGAUAGUGAUGGGCAGCUCCCCGGGUAGCUGAAAGGUCAGAGGUCAGGGCUGCAUCUAAUCCUGUCUCUCCGUCUUGGCUCAGGGCUUCUAAAUACAGGAGGGAGGAAGACGACUCGGCGGUGACGUGCACUUCAGGGAUAAUUAAAACAGACGAGGGUAUCGCGUGUCCGGCUCUGCCAGAGAUGCACGUGCUGGCUCGUCGGUGUGUGUUGUAAUUAAUAUGUCGGCCAGCACUCAUGUGUUUGUUUUUUAUUUAUCUUCAUGGCUGACAUCACCGUGGGUUAGUGUUACUGUACAUAGCAACUCUGUAAUGCAGCUUCUCACACCGAUGCCCUCAUCGACCCUCACCCUGCCCCCGACGCCUCCAUAAAUGAUCCCGUGUCACUUUCCCUUCCUGCACCCGAUAAAUCAUUCUUCACUAUGCAGACGUUACAGUUUCCUCCAUCACAUCACAACCAAACUGUGCAACCUCCGCCAUAUCUGUGUCUCUGUAGCCUCCUUCAUUCUUCUACCUCUCUUGUCUUCUUUUUUCCUCCAUCUGGAGAGCACUGGAGUCGGGGGGGUCCUCGGAAGUGGCCACCUGUCGGAACCUGUAGGUUUUAUGAGUUGUUGGGGGGCUUCAAAGAAAGUGGGGCUUUUUAAAGGGCAGAGUUGAAACUCUAUCCUCUGCUACGCAUGCCGCCUUUCUUCCUCACAAGGCCCUGAAGAACACGAAGGCCACUGCACACCCGACUGACCGCUCUGUCCAUUGAAACCAAGCUGGACUCCUCCAGAAUCCACCACCAGUCGCCCGUUGUGACUCUCGGGGGCGUCGUGACACCGUGCUCACAUGCUUCAGGUCUUAUUCGUUGCUUCAUGCGGCGAGAGCCUGUGUUGACGUGGUGGAAUCCACUGACUGGUCAUCUGGGACCGGAGCGAAGACUUUACAGGUCUUGAGACUUGUGAGGCUCUUGUGGCGCCGUAAAGAAGCAGCUGUGUCAGAGUUCGCCAGUCGCUCUGACCCUUGAGUGACGGCAGUUACAAAAACCAUUUGUUGAAUCAGAAAUUCAUAAGUAGUAGCAGAGUAUUCAGACAUGGCUGCGGUCGAUGUGGUUGAGAGGAGGUGGUUGAGCAGCGGAGAGGAAGGAGGCCACUUCUCCUCGCCCACUGAAAUACAGACAGAAACCCUCUAAAGCUUCUUUGGUGUUUGUAUAAACAUCCUUAAUUUACAAGUCAUUGUUUUUUCCCUUUUGUAAAGUAGACUAGAAUGUACUUAGUGGAGAUUGGAGUGGCUCGGCAGAAAUGGCUCCCGGGCAGCGAAACGGGCCCGUUUCCCUCAAAGGCCUCCAUUGUGAAGCCGGGGUCAUGGUGUCGUUGGGUGGCGUAGGCUGUAAUCUGCACUUAACCAGCACUUAACUUUAAGACCUCAAACGACUAAUGCCCCCUUUAGUCCCCCUUUUGUCAAAAAGCUUCCUCCUCUGUGUCCCGGGAUUGUACUUUUAAAUCUGUUUGCAGGAGCUGGGCGUACCGGUCCGGGAUGCGUUUUUGCACCAGCCAGAUUACAAGAGGUUUUAAGAAUCAUCUCAUGGCUUAAAGAAAAAGGAAAUUUGGCGUGCAAUUGAUUAUGGAAUCAUAUUUGUUGAUGGCCUGCAUCUCCGCCUUCUAACGUAGUGCCAAAAUCAUUCCACAGUAUUUCCAGUUUACAGUGAGAGACGGUGCCAGCGUGUGUCUCAUCAAUACUGAAAUAAAAGGGGAAAUAUUCAGUUUGAGGGUUUUUGUUGUUGUUGUUUUCUGCUUAUGUAUGUUUUAAUUUCUUUGUUAAACAAAAGAUGUCUUAUUUUGGAAGCUAUAUCGGAUAGAUUUUAUUUAAGGAAAAUCUCGUACUUUUGUAAAGUGGGCCUUAUUAUCGAAAAAUAUAUUAAGUAUUUGUCCAUCUUGAUUUUAAGAAUGGUAUUUUUUGUCGUUGUUCCUCGUUGUUAUUACACUCCUGGAGAGUUCUUCUUCUUCUUCCUGCAUUUUGUGUUUUUGUUGUUGUAAUGUUUCUCACGACCUGGAGACACAAUGAGACGCCACGGGAUGAGACCAUUUACAAUAGAGGGAGGGAGAGAAGCCAGGGUUGUGUCAUAGUCAUUGAAGAGAGAAGCUAUGUGCGUUUUAUCAGAGCUGAACAGGUCUGCAGUGCUGAGUGCUUCACCAUGUGUGUGUGUGUUUUGUUUUUUUAAUCGGGGCCCAUUCAUUGGUCCGGCCUCUCCGCUGCUCUGUUCUCCCUCGCUCAUAAAUUCAGGGUUUGUACAUGGUCUGUGCUGUAUGUUUGUACGUGCUGCCAAAGAAAGAUGCACACAGGCCCCACACACACACACACACACACACACACACACACACACACACACACAC